AUGGCCCCGCGGGGACUCCCGGGGUCCGCCGUCCUCGCCGCUGCCGUCUUUGUGAGGGGCGCCGUGAGUUCGCCGCUCGUGGCCCCCGACAGUGGUGGCAGCCACACAUUGCACUCCAGAACAGAGACGACGCCGUCGCCUACCAACAAUGCUGGGAGCGGACACCCAGAAUAUAUCGCGUAUGCGCUUGUCCCUGUGUUCUUCAUCAUGGGUCUCUUUGGCGUCCUCAUCUGCCACCUGCUUAAGAAGAAAGGCUAUCGUUGUACCACAGAAGCUGAGCAAGACGUGGAGGAGGAAAAGGUUGAAAAGAUAGAGUUGAAUGACAGUAUAAAUGAAAACAGUGACACCGUUGGGCAAAUUGUCCACUACAUCAUGAAAAAUGAAGCAAACGCUGAUGUUUUAAAGGCAAUGGUAGCAGAUAACAGCCUGUAUGAUCCUGAAAGCCCUGUGACUCCCAGCACUCCUGGGAGCCCACCUGUGAGCCCUGGGCCCUUGUCACCAGGUGGCACUCCAGGGAAGCACAUCUGUGGCCACCAUCUGCACACAGUGGGCGGUGCUGUCGAGAGGGAUGUGUGUCAUCGGUGUAGGCACAAGCGAUGGCACUUCAUAAAACCCGCCAGCAAGUCCAAAGAAGGCCGUCCAAGGCGUCAAGGAGAGGUCACUGUCCUGUCAGUGGGCAGGUUUAGAGUCACGAAAGUGGAACACAAGUCAAAUCAGAAGGAGCGGAGAAGUUUGAUGUCGGUUAGUGGGACCGAAAGCGUCAAUGGGGAGGUCCCUGUGACACCUGUGAAGAGAGAACAAAGUGACACAGAGUAGCAGGAACAACUUUAUCUGAAGAUUCUAAAAGACUGAGAACUUACGAGAUACGAAGUUGCCUACGGAAUAUUUUUUAUCUUUUAUACGAUUUCUCUCGUGGAGUCUGGGAUAAAAGCUAAAAGGGAAUAUUGUUGCUAUGCAGGAUACAGAAUUCAGUUGGCUCUGAAACAAGUUUUGGUUUUAAAAAAGUCUGUUGAAAAAUUUAUUACAUUUCCAGGGAAGAAAAGAGCUCAUUUUUUAUCUUCCCCACCACUUUCGGCCACUACCCCUGCCCAUCCGCCAUCCCUGGCCUUAACGUACUCACUACGGUUUUCUCAGUGUGAUCGCUGUGUUCAGUGGAACUGUUCAUGUGCAGUCUGUGCCGAUGCUGUCGAGGUGUGUGUGUGUGUGUGCACGUGUGCACACUGCUUCUGCUCUCCCAACCCUUACUCCUAUUUUACUACUGGUUGUAAGAAGAUCCUCUUACAGUUUAACUGUUACAAAAGAUAAAGAGAACUCUUCAGUGGUGAAAGGCCCUUGAAGAUAACCUAGUCUGGCCCCGAGAAACUGAUCCCCCAAGAGAUCACAGAGCGAGAUGGAGCCGGCUGGCAGAUUUUGGAUUCUGAGACCAAAAAUUCAGUGUCGAUGUCUGCUACCACCAUGCCACUCUUAGGUCACUUAUAAAAUACUGCGUUUUUAAUUUCUUUUUAUUUUAACUUGAACUAAGCAAUUCUUUAGUCCGUUGAAUAAAGGGGGAAAUGAUUUAAAGUCAUAAAAACAAAGAAAAUUUAGUUGUGACAACCCCAAGGUCAAAACAAAACAAAAACUCUCUACUCCAGAGCAAGAUGAGCCUGGCAUCUUCUCCAGUGGGUUUUCCUUGGUGCAUUUGUUGUUUUCCAUCUUGUAACUAAUGCUCGUUACUUAAAAGUUUCUUGGUGGUUAUUUACCCUUUGGGCUUGGAAAACUCUGCCUUUUUUUUUUUUUAAUAUCCUUACACUUUAUGAAACACCUGAAAGAAUGUCGAGGCAAAGAUCAUAGUACAUUUAUGGUCGAUCUGGGCCAAGGGGUGAAGGGUCCACUCACAGGGCAUCUCUGAGACUUGCUUCCUGGUCAGUGUUGCUGUGGUGCCCGGGGCACUUCUUUUAUUUCAGAGAGAAAGGGCAGAUUUCUCAUUUGACUCCCAAAAGAUGAUUUCCAUUAAAAUGUACUUUAAAGUAUUUACUGUAAAUAUACUCAUUCUGUUCUGUUUCUGGCAUCAAACUAAAAGUUUUUAACCUUUUGAAUGAAUGGUAGGUUUAAUUUCAUGUGAAUUUUUACUGACAACUAAUUAAAAGAUAUAUAUAUAUAUGUAUAUGUACACACACACACACACACACACACACACACAUGGUGGAUUGGAGCAUAGAGGAAGUCAGUAUGGAAAUAAAUUUCACCAAGAUCCAGAAAGUAGCAAUAAUAGGAAUUCUGGGGAUGUGUAUUAGUGUAAAUUAUGUAUGUGUGUGUGUGUGUGUGUGUGUGUGUAUACAUAUAUACGUAUAUAUAUACAUAUAUACGUAUAUAUAUAUACGUAUAUAUGUAUAUAUAUAUAUUCUAGACCAAAAGUUUUUAGUUAAAAAAAAAUCAUAUUUUUUGUUCAUUUAAAAGCUAUGCCCCCAAAAUAGGGAUAAAACUCUUCAGCUUUAAUUAUUUUUAAAUUUUAUUCAGGUCAGAGUACUUUUAAAAAUAGCAAUACAAUAGGCAAGAGAAUACUCAAAAAUAUUUAAAAUUGUAUUUAUACCAAGAGUACAUUUUAAAUAUUUUCUACUACUUGAGCAGGUUUUGUCUGGCUAGCUUCCAAAUAUGCCAAAAGUUAAGCAUUCAAUGUUUUCAACACACAAGCUUUUUACUGGUUUCUGUUAUUUAAUAAGAAUUCUUAAGUGUUCCCAAAGCAACUGAUGUUUACAGGCUUUGCGUUUUUCCUCCUUCUUCAGAAGGAUUGGGGAUCCACAACAAACUUACGCUAUAAAACACUAAUGAUGGAGUAACUCCUGGUGUAAUAAACGAGUUGGCUACCACCUUGAUGUAAAAAUUUGUAAAGGAAAUUUUUCACCCUUUUGAGUGUCAAGUGUGUUUUUAACUGUCUGGUUUGUACUUUUAUGACUUUUGUACUACCAAAGCAGAGUUAAAAAUAAAAACGUUAAACACAGCA